AUGACCAGUCAACCUAUUCGCCUGAAACUUGAGCAGCCAUCAACAGUACUGCCCAGCAGCGCUCGCAUUUACUUCGGCCGCGUCUAUGAAAUCAAACAUGAUGUGGAACUGAAUAAUGUUGGUUUGGUCCUUGGCUCGUCCAUGAACAUACUGUCGUCGCAAUUCGAAUCCCAUCGUCCGAUAGAUACUCCGAACUGUCUGGCUUCUUCGCCGGACAAGGAUCAAGCAGGUACUUUUGCAGGUGAUACGGUCACACAGACUGAUGUCAAGAUUGAGAAAUGA